UGGGGCACAGGCACGACCGAAUAGCGUAAUACUUUUUCCACUUAAGGGCUUUGGGCUUCCGAGACUUGUGACCCUGUCAGGUAUCGCUCGAUCGCCGUUGGUUUUUGAUGAUCGAGUAAUGUCCGUUGCUUUCUUAGAGUUGAAGACGAAGACAAAUGGAACUGCAAACGAAGGUCGCGCAAGCUGUUCACGUGCUAAAUCACGAUAGCCAAUCGUGCAACCGUGUUGCUGCUAAUCAAUGGCUAGUACAGUUUCAGCAGACAGAUUCUGCUUGGGAAGUUGCCACGUCCAUCCUCACAUCCAAUUAUCACCAGCAAUUUGUCUGCGACUUUGAAGUCGAAUUUUUUGCCGCUCAGAUUCUCAAGCGAAAGAUACAAAAUGAAGGAAGCUACUUGCAAAUUGGAGCAAAAGAUGCUCUGCUAAAUGCUCUUCUAUUGGCUGCUAAGAGAUUUAGUUUAGGCCCUCCACAGCUGUUGACUCAAAUUUGUCUUGCUCUCUCUGCACUCAUGCUUCAUGCUGUAGAGCAUGGAAAACCGAUUGAGAAGCUCUUUUGCAGUCUCCAAAGUUUGGAAAACCAUGAUGAAGGCAACAUCGCUGUCUUGGAAAUGCUCACAGUCCUUCCAGAAGUUGUGGAGGAUCAGAAUACUGAUUACAGAACUAGUUCGGCUCAGCGACGCGAGUAUGGUCGAGAGCUUCUCUCACAUACUUCAGUGGUUCUUGAGUUCCUUCAUCGUCAGAGUGAUAUGAGUUUUGACAGUAACAUUCAAAUCCAGGGCAGGCACAGAAAAAUUUUGCGUUGUUUGUUAAGUUGGGUUCGAGCUGGUUGUUUCUCGGAGAUUCCACCUAACUCUUUGGCUGGACAUCCACUUCUGAGUUUCGUUUUCAACUCGCUACAGGUUUCGUCUUCAUUUGAACUAGCCAUUGAAGUUCUCACUGAACUUGUGAGUCGACAUGAGUGUAUACCACAAGUUUUGCUAUGCAAAGUUGGAUUUCUUAGGGAUGCACUUCUUCUCCCAGCUCUUAACAGUGGAGACGAGACUGUGAUAAGUGGUCUUGCUUGUUUUUUGUCAGAAAUUGGUCACGCUGCCCCGUCUUUGAUUACUGAAGCAAGUCCUGAAGCAUUUGUACUGACAGAUGCACUCUUGAGUUGUGUUUCAUUUCCAAGUGAAGAUUGGGAGAUCGCAGACUCGACUUUGCAGUUCUGGUGCAGUCUUGCCGGCUACAUCCUAGGCCUGGAUGUAGAUUGUGGAGAAAAUGUUAAGAGCGUCAAGAUCUUAUUUUUUCCUGUUUUCUCGGCGUUGUUGGAUGCCCUUCUGUUGCGUUCUCAGGUGGACGAUUCUACCUUUUAUGGCGAGGGUGUAAUGGUUGACCUGCCUGACACCCUUGAACAAUUCAGGAUGAACCUGAUGGAGCUUUUGGUGGAUGUUUGUCAGCUUUUAGGUUCAGCAGCAUUUAUCCAGAAGAUCUUCCUUGGAGGUUGGACCAGUAACAGUGUACAUAUUCCUUGGAAGGAGGUGGAAGCUAAAAUGUUUGCACUUAAUGCGAUAGCUGAAGUUAUUAUCACGGAGGCCCAAGACAUUGAUUUCUCAUUUGUUAUUCACUUGGUGACAAUUUUAUCUAGUAGGCCACAGGAUGAUGCUAAGGGCUUCAUGAGACUUGUAUAUAAAUCAGCUGCAGAGGUUGUUGCUUCCUAUUCGAAGUGGAUAUCUUCUUGUCAAACUAAUGCCAGAACUUUACUAUUAUUUCUUGCAACGUGCAUCUCAGAACCCUUAUGUUCAGCAGCUUGUGCCAGUGCUUUGCUCAAGUUAUGUGAAGAUGCCGCUACCCCUAUGUAUGAACAUUCAAGUUUGGAGAUCUUACUUUGGAUUGGAGAGAGUUUUGAUGAAAGGCAUUUGCCUCUAGAGGAUGAAGAAAAAGUAGUCAGUGCGAUUACUUUGAUACUUGGUUCCCUUCCUAACAAGGAGCUGAAGAAUAAUUUGAUAGCUAGGUUGGUCUCGCCUUGCUAUGAAGCUAUUGGCAAACUAAUUGAUGAAAAUCAAGACCACUCUUUAAGGCAUAAUCCUGCUUCUUAUUCUCAGUUUGCUGAUGCCGCAAGAAGAGGUUUACAUAGGUUGGGAACUGUAUUCAGCCAUCUGUCAACAGAGUCUUCUGCAGAUGUGGAUGAUCCUCUUGUAGCGCUGCUAGGAGUAUUCUGGCAAAUGUUAGAAAAACUUUUUCAGUCAGAGCACAUUGGAAAUGCUAUUCUAUCUAUGGCAGCAUGCAGAGCUCUUUCCCAAGCAAUUCAGUCAUCGGGUCAGCACUUCACGUCUGUUUUGCCAAGAGUGCUAAAUUGUUUGUCGACUAACUUUGUAUCAUUCCAAAGCCAUGACUGCUACAUAAGAACAGCUUCCGUUCUCAUUGAGGAGUUUGGCAGUAGAGAAGAAUAUGGACAUCUUUUUGUCAGUAUCUUUGAAAGAUUUUCCAAGUCAACAUCAAUUAUGGCUCUUACUUCCUCAUAUAUAUGUGAUCAAGAGCCUGAUCUGGUGGAGGCCUUUGCUAAUUUCGCGUCUAUUUUCAUCCGCUGCUCUCCGAAGGAAGUGUUAGUAGUUUCUGGCUCCAUCCUUGAAUUAUCAUUUCAAAAGGCAGCUAUAUGUUGCACUGCUAUGCACCGUGGCGCAGCACUGGCAGCAAUGUCGUUUAUGUCAUGUUUCCUGGAGGCUGGCUUAAAUGCUUUAGUUGAAUCCCUUGCGCAUGGUUCUGAACUGGAAGGCAUAGUUGGUAUUUCUGAUAGUUCAAUUGAUGCUAUGGCAAUACAAGUCAUAUCUCACAGCGGCGAUGGCCUACUGUCAAACCUAAUGUAUGCUUUACUUGGUGUUUCUGCAAUGUCAAGGGUUCACAAGUCUGCAACACUUUUGCAGCAAUUGGCUGCUAUGUGCAGUUUAAGUGAAAGAACCACCUGGAAGGCUCAUCUUUGUUGGGAUUCCUUACAUGGAUGGCUCCAUUCCGCAGUACAGAAUUUACCAGCUGAGUACCUAAAGCAGGGCGAAGUAGAGUCUUUAGUUCCUCUUUGGAUUAAAGCACUUGCUGCUGCUGCUUCAGACUAUAUUGAGAGUAGGCGAAACGUUGGAGGAACAAGUGAUUAUGGGCAUAUGCAAGGUAAAGGGGGGAGAAUUCUGAAGCGUUUAGUGAGAGAAUUUGCUGAUGGGCAUCGCAAUUCACCAAAUUUUACUUGAAAUUUGAGCAAUUGCUGCUGUAAGUUCCAAUAAUAUUGAAACUACAGCAUCUUCAUUCUAUUUAAGUUUUGUCCUGGAACGCAGCCAUCAUCAUUCUCAAGGAGUCUCAACUUCUUGGAGAACUUGUGCCUUUUUUGUACCAAUGUACAGUAUCCCCAAUUUUGUAAUAUAGAAAUCAGUCUUGUAAUACACAGCAUAUCAAUGAGGCACUGAUGGAUCAUUUAUGGCAAUUGGCAAGUAGGGUAAAAGAAUCAUCAAAAGAAGAAUAAAAUGGAGGAUAACUUAUUCUAACAAA